AUGAUCUGGACCGUUCACGUCGAAGUGCGUCUUUCUACAACUGCUAAACGGCGGGUGGAUACUGUCAGAAAUGCUGUUCUGGAAUAUAUCUCGUCUUUUGAUCACAUAUCUCUACCCUCGACGAUACAAGGCUGGGAACAAGUCCCUACCCUAGCGGGCUGUGUCGAGCGGAUCACCGUAUCAGAAUCAUCAUGCCCGUUGUCGUCUUUACCCGUAGCAGAGACCUCUCUCCAAAUACACACGUACCAGCCUAUUGAGUCUGACAUCGCCGAGGAGUAUUCCAAUGGUAGCGAUGGGAGAGAUGGAAGUGAAGAAGUUCUAGCUGCAAGUGUAUGCGAACUCCCAAGUAAACAUUGGGAUGGUCUCUGGGAUAGUUUGAUAUACGCAGAUAAUAUCAAACUCAAGCUUCUUGACUACAUAUACGCGACGCUAUUGUUGAGCGAUGCUGACAUUGAUUCUAACAUGGUCUCUUGGAAUCGCGUGGUGUUGUUGCAUGGUCCUCCAGGAACCGGUAAAACAUCGCUGUGCCGUGCAUUAGCUCAGAAGCUUUCGAUACGUUUAUCCCAUCGAUAUUCGCAAUCACGUCUGUUGGAAAUAAACUCUCAUUCACUUUUUUCACGAUGGUUUUCUGAGUCUGGGAAACUCGUGCAGCGUCUCUUUAGCAAUAUAACGGACAUGGUUGAAGAUGAAGACUGCUUUGUAGUCGUCCUUAUUGACGAGGUAGAAUCCCUGACCGCAGCUAGAGCAGGAGCUAUGGCGGGUACGGAACCAUCUGAUGGGUUACGUGUUGUGAAUGCGCUUCUCACUCAACUUGACAAGCUCAAACACAAGAAGAAUGUAUUGGUGAUGUCAACCAGCAAUCUAGUCAAAGCCAUUGACUCUGCAUUCGUCGAUCGUGCCGAUAUAAUCCAAUAUGUCGAUCUACCCCCUCGAGAAGCGAUCUACGAGAUUUUACGUGGCUCGCUCUGUGAAUUCAUGAGCAAAGGACUGGUCCAUGCAACUGAAGUCCCACCACUCAGCGAGGCCAAGCAUUACGAAGCGAAUGACAAGUACGAACGGCUCAGUGCACUCCAAGCUCCAAUCGUUGAAUACGAGCAGCUACCAGACGCUCAUGCAGAAAGGAAGAAUGUCGGUCUACAGCUGCUAAUGUUAGCUUCCAAAUGCAGAGAACAAGGUUUAUCCGGUCGAGCUCUCAGACGUCUUCCUGUCAUGGCCCUGGCUCGUUACAUUGGCGUCGGUGGUCACCCAAGCCUGACUAAAGGGUUUACUGCUUCGGGAAAGUUGAAUAAGCCAAAUGGAUCGCGUUUACUAGAUGGUCCUUCGAUGGACAUUGGGGCAUGGUUAGAUUCGAUAGAAAGUGUCGUGUCGGAUAGGGCGGUACAGUACGAGAAGCUGAUUUAA